GACACCGGACAGACGCUGCCACCAUGCCGCACACCGGCCAGGCCGGCGUGAACCAGCUGGGCGGCGUGUUCGUGAACGGGCGGCCGCUGCCGGACUGCGUGCGUCGCCGCAUCGUGGAGCUGGCCCUGAUGGGCGUGCGGCCGUGCGACAUCUCGCGGCAGCUCCUCGUGUCGCACGGCUGCGUCUCCAAGAUCCUCACGCGCUUCUACGAGACGGGCUCCAUCCGGCCCGGCUCCAUCGGCGGCAGCAAGACCAAGAAUGUGGACCGAGGCAGGCGGCGGGGGGACUGGAAAUGGCAGGUGGCGACCCCCACCGUGGUGAAGAAGAUCCUGCGCUACAAGCAGGACAACCCGGGCAUGUUCGCGUGGGAGAUCCGCGACCAGCUGGUGACGCAGCGCGUGUGCGAGCCUCACGCCAUUCCCUCCGUGUCCUCGGUGAACCGCAUCCUGAGGAACAGCGGCGCGUGGAGCGACGCGGACCUCAUGCGGCAGCAGCAGCACGCCCAGCAGCAGCACGCCAGCCCUGCCAGUGAGUCCGAGGAGGUGCACUGCGAGCGGCCGAAACUCCGGACGCGUGCAGAGCUCCAUUUAGCUCCAGAGCUCCGCAUUCAGCGACUCGAACCGAACGUGUGA